GGCCUGCUGCUGCUGCUGCUGGCAGCCAUGGCGGGCAGGCGUGCGGGGCGAUGGUGGCCGGGGCCCCUGGCUGAGCCGCAGCGCCUGAUGCGCGCUGGGCUGGGUCUCAUCGUGCUGGGCCACAGCACCCUGGUGUUGGGAGCCAUCGUGCACGGCUCCGUCCUGCGGCACGUCUCCAGGACCAAGGGUGCCGUCACCCCUGAGUACGCGGUGGCCAACGUCGUGUCCGUGGUGUCCGGGCUGCUGAGCAUCGCUGUGGGCAUCGUUGCCAUCGUGGUGUCGCGCAACCUUUCCCGGGCUGUCCUGCACUGGGCCCUGCUGGGCGUAUCCCUGCUGAACUGUCUGCUGUCUGCAGCCUGCAGCGUGGGCUUGGCGCUGGCCAUCGCGCUCACCAUCCACAGCCGUGGGAUGCGCCUGGUCACGGGCUGCAACAGCCCCGCGCUGCCGGCUGAUGCCCGCGCAGCCAUAGCCACCAACGACUGUCCCUUCAACACCACGCGCAUCUAUGACACGGCCCUGGCGCUCUGGUUCCCCUCUGUGCUGCUGGCAGCUGCAGAAGCUGUGCUGGCUGGAAGGUGCUCUUUGGCAGCCCUGGUCCUGCAGGGCAUCGGCCCUUGUGCACGUGGCUACAGCAAGGACCAGAUGGCCAGGCCAGGUACGGUGAAGGAGAGGCAGCUGCUGGUGGGGCUGGCUGAGACCUGUGCAUAGUGGAGAGGUGGUGCUGCACAAGUGCUGUCAUACAGUGGGGUGAUGCUGCACCUGCUGCAGGCAUAGGCAUGGGGCUGUGCUCCUCCCCACGACCCCACCAUCCUCCCUGGGAUAAACCCUGCUGGUCCCAGGCAUCGACUGCCCAGAAGCACCAGCAGCCUUCACCCAGCACGUGCUGUGUUUCAUGAAACCCCUCCCUAUCCUCCCUUCCUGGGCCAUAAGGAUCCUCCUGAUGCGCCGAAAGCUGUGUCAAUCUCUUUACACGCACAGCUGUGGGGAGGCAGAGGGACAGGGUGGGGGCAAGAAGAAGUGCUGAGGCCUGGCAAUGGCUGGGGUUGGCCUUGGUGCUGGUGCUCCACAUGCAGAGCUGGGGCUCAGAAGCAGGCUGAUGAACAGAAGACGAAGAACCCCUUUCUUGUAAACCUCCAUUGUUUCUUUGAGUAAAUAAAAGUUUUCGUUUUUACAUUG